UCCUCUCCUCGGCCAAGCUCCACACUUGCCUCUGCCAAGCAUGUCCGCGGCGGACGAUUUCGCAGAUACACCGACAAACGACGCGCCAGAACUCGCGACAGAGGAUUCCAACUACGAUGGCCAGCAGGAUUUGGACCAGGACCUGGAUACGGACGAAAAAACAGCCCAAGACAAGGAGGAGCCAAUGAGCCCGCAGAACGACGCGGACAUGGAGGACCUCUUUGGUGACGAUAAGCCUGCUGACGAGGUGGUCCACCACCCAGGUGCCAUAACACCGGCUUCGUCUGAACACGCGGACGGCAUCUCCUCCCCCGACCGCAGGCACAGGGAAGCCCUCGAAUAUGCCGAAGAGGAUGAGCCCGAUCAAGAUAUCGUUGAGGAGGAGGUGCUAGAGGCCAGCGCGCAGAUACCUAACAUACCGGUCCCAAGGAGCUCGGACGGCAAUCACUGGGUCAUCCGCAUCCCAAAUUUCAUCAAGGUUGACUCAAAACCCUUCCACCCCGAUACAUACAUCGGCCCAGAACAAGAGGAAGAAGCUGCGCAUGUCGGCGAGUCUUCGCGAGAGAAGGACAUGUCCAUCAAACUAAGAGUAGAGAACACUAUACGAUGGCAUUGGAUCAAAGACGAACACGGUCACGAUCACCGACAAUCUAACAGCCGCAUCAUCAGAUGGUCCGACGGGUCAUUAAGCCUUAAGCUGGGCAAAGAACUCUUCGACAUCACUCAAACCAUCGAUACCUCCGGCGCCAUUCCGCGGCAAGCCAUCGGUGGCAACACACAGUCAUCGCAGCAAGCGUCGCAGGCACCCGCAGCCGAAUCCAGCGCAAGCGCAAAAGCUCAGGGUCUUACCUACCUAGUCGCGCAGCACAAGCGCGCAGAAAUCCUCCAAUGUGAAGCCAUGAUUGCCGGCACCAUGUCGCUGCGUCCGACAGGCAUGCAGUCGGAGACACACCGGAUGCUUGUGCGCGCAGUCGGGCAGAAGCACACCAAGGUCGCGCGGCUGCGCAUGGCCCCGGACCCGACGAUGGACCCGGAGCGCGAGAAGCUCGAGCUGCUCAGGCAGGUGUCCAAGAAGACCCGCAAGCCCAAGGGCGAGGACGACGGUUUCGGCAGCACCCGGCGGCGGCGGACGGGCUACCCGCGCAAGCGCUCCGGCGACGACAUGUGGUCCGACGACGACGAUGACGACGACAUCUUUGGCGGCGGCGGUGGCGGCGGCGGCGGCUCGGAGGACGAGUACGGCCAUGCCGUCCCGAGCGCCCGCAAGGCCAAGCGACGCAAGUCGGGCGACGGCGAGGAGUCGGGCAGGCGCGGCCCCGGCGAGUACCAGAACGACGACUUCCUCGUCGCUGACUCGGACGAGGAUGACGCGGGCUUUGCCGAGUCUGACGAGGGCGAGCGGCGCCGCCGGAAGAAGCGGAAGGCCCGGGAUGACGACGAAGACGACUUGGAUAAGCUUGACGCCAAGAUCGAAGCGGAGGAACGGAAACGCAGACAACAAGAGCGAAUCCAAGGUGCUGAUGCCGCGGGAGGCGAGAAAGAAAAGCCGGCUGCGGAUGAAGCGAUGGACGUAGAAAGUGAGGAAGACGAGGAGGAGUGGGGUGUCCGGCGCGCCGGUGCAGGGUCGCGCAGGAAGCGCGCCAUUGAUUUCGACGACGACGAGGAGUAGUGGCCCGCAUUUGCUAUGUACGCACUGCUCCUGUUACGUUUUUGCAUCACAUUGCCCCUAGCAAGUCGUCCUCCUAGCGAGCGUGAGCAUAUGCUAUUCAUCUAUCUGUGUACAGCGUGACCCCGUCCUUGCAGCAUCCCGUUAUCAUCCCAUCCAUACAUGGGCUUAAUCUCAUCAACUAGCACCUGGUUCUCCUUAUUUCCGUGAAGUAAGUUUCUGAGCGUGAAAAUGGCAUGUUCUCGGAGGACUGGGUUGCGUUCGUCUAUGACACACAUGUUCAUGACGACCUGUAUCCCGCCGCAGGCACGGACGCGAUCCUGAACCGCAUUGCGGUCCGAAACCAGUAUACCCAAUAGCCGUACAAGGUCCCUCUUGAGAUACUGGAAGCCCCUCGGGUCAGAUGUGCUAGUGCUGCCGGCCCCAUCGCCCUGUGCCGGCGGCGCCUGGCGCAGCCCGUGUGUGCCCUCCCGUAAUCUGUCCACGGAGACAGCCGUAGGGGCGACCUUGCCAAGGGUGAUGCGAGGCAAAAACCGAUCCAACUGCCGGAGAGUCUCGAUGAGGCACUCUAUGAAGCCUUGGGCGGCAGACGACGUCGCGCUGCCAAUCACGUCCGCAAGGCGACCGUCGGCGCGCCUCACUUCCGACGGAUGGGCUACUGAGCUGGAUAUGGCGUUCCAUUGGCUCUCCUCGGAAAUCAAAGCGAGGGACGUGAGGCAUUGGGUCACCAGAACAAGGGCCUCGCAAACUUUGGGCAGCAGCAGAUCGAGCUCUUGCAAAGGCUCGGCAUCUGCUUUGGCAGCUGCAGACGUGUCGAUGGAAGUUUCUGCCGCUGCGCUAGGCAAUUCGUCCUCUCGCUUGUCCUCGGGAUCCUGCGUCGCACUAGCGUCGUUGGACCCCAGGGAGCGCAAAAUCGCAUCGCACGUGUACGUGGACAGCACGAAAAAUUCGCGCGUCAGGAAUUCG